AUGUCCUCUGCUCAAGAUUCCGCCACCAAGAUCUCUAUCGAUAGAUUCGAUGGAGACAACUACGCGACGUGGAGCCGCUACAUGCGUGGCGUGUUCCUGACCAAGUCGACGUGGCACGUGGUCAACCGGGAGACCAUCCCCACCUUCACCGAUCCUCGCGCCAGUGAUGAGUACGUCAAGACGAACAACAUUGCGUUCGGCUUGAUGUCACUUCAAAUGAGCGCGCACUAUCAUCACGUGGUUGAUGACUGCGACGAGGCAUGGGUUGCGUGGACACGGUUGAAGACUCUCUACGGCGGGUCGCAGAAGGCGGGACGGAUCUUCUUGAAGCGGCAGCUGUUCAGCAUGGAGAUGGCGGAAGGCGGCAAUGUGAUGCAUCAUUGCAAUGAAGUUCUCAACAUCAGCGCCAAGCUCAGCAGCAUCGGCGCCAAGAUGGAGGAUGAGGACGUGGCGAUCUGCUUGUUGUGCAGCCUGAUGAGCUUUAGACUUCUUGGUCCGAGUGCAAAACGCAAAGUAAAUAUAUAUUUAUAA